UGGUGCCACAGACAGCUUCAUAUCUCAUCUUAACUGUAGUUCCUGUAUCCUCCUCGUUGGCAUUUCCUUCUCAUUUGUCUGGUUCCCAGUAGCUGAAAGUAUGAGGAGAAAUAACUCAAAAAUUUUCAACUUCACAGAGAGACAGUGGGAUUCCUUAGACCAAACCUCCUCUGUAGAGCCUCUCCAGGACUGUGAUAUCAGAUGGGCUGUGAAGAGGCUCUUCUCGGGAAACCUGCAGCUGCCCAAGCUUUCCUGCAGAUCUUCUGCUCAGGAUGGCCCUCCGCCCGUCGCCCCAUUGGGCCCUGCGACCUACAGGAUCAAACACUCGAGAAGUUACGGGACUCUGACCAGCUGCAUGUCCAGAGGCCUUUUUGAUGUGGAGAAUGGAUUGUCUGUGGGACGCAGCCCACUGGACCCUCAGGCCAGCCCUAACUCCGGUCUGGCCCGACCGACUAAUUUCCCUCACAGCCAGCGGAGGGAAUCUUUCCUCUACCGCUCUGACUCCGACUUUGACCUUUCACCCAAAGGUCCCUCCAGAAACUCCUCCACUGCCAGUGACCUACAUACAGAAGACAUGAUAGUCACACCGUUUGCACAGGUCCUCGCCAGCCUGAGGACGGUCCGAAGUAACUUUGCCGUCAUAACCGGCCAGCAAGAUCGCACGGCCAGCAAAACACGAUCUUCAGGCAGCAACCCACCAUCCAUGUGCAAGACCAGCCUCGCAGGUUGCGCCAUCCACGACGUGGAUCACCCCGGAGUUUCCAAUCAGUUUCUCAUCAACACCAACUCAGAGCUGGCCCUGAUGUACAAUGACUUGUCAGUGCUAGAGAAUCACCACCUGGCUGUAGGCUUUAAGCUUCUGCAGGAAGACAACUGUGAUAUUUUUCAGAAUCUCAACAAAAAGCAGCGUCAGUCGCUUCGCAAAAUGGUCAUCGACAUGGUGCUCGCCACAGAUAUGUCCAAACACAUGAACCUGUUAGCAGACCUGAAGACCAUGGUGGAGACUAAGAAAGUCACCAGCCUGGGAGUCCUGCUUUUAGACAACUAUUCAGAUCGCAUACAGGUUCUUCAGAACAUGGUACACUGUGCAGACCUGAGUAACCCGACCAAACCUCUCGAGCUGUACCGCCAGUGGACAGACCGCAUCAUGGUGGAGUUCUUCACACAGGGAGACAGAGAGAGAGAGAAAGGCAUGGAGAUCAGCCCCAUGUGCGACAAGCACAAUGCUUCAGUAGAAAAGAACCAGGUGGGUUUCAUCGACUACAUCGUUCAUCCUCUGUGGGAAACAUGGGCCGACCUGGUGCACCCUGAUGCGCAGGACAUCCUGGACACGCUGGAGGAUAACAGAGAGUGGUAUCAAAGCAUGAUCCCCCACAGCCCAUCACCUCACCCAGAGGGCCAGGAGGAGGAGGAGGAGGAGGAGGAAGAUGCCUUUGCAGGGGAAGCUUCGGCACACGGUCGGGGUAGCGGGUCUGCUUCUGCUGACAAGUUUCAGUUUAAGCUGACCUUAGAAGAAGAGGGGGAGUCUGACACAGAGAGUCCACCUGAGGAAGAGGAGGGCCACAGCAGCAGCAGGAGGCAUGAAAUCUACAGAUCCGAUUCGGCCUCUCCUGCAUCUCGAAGGCUUCCCAAAAUGCUUACAAGUGACUCGGGCAGGACGUUUUCUUUAGACUCGGAGAAAGAUAUGGCAGAAGAAAGAGAAACAGAUGAAGGCGUCUCUGGGGUUCCACGCUUUCGAAUUGGCACAUAGCACCAGUCAAUAGUUUCGACUCUUUCGACUUUCUUUCGUUUAAUUAUUCUUGAUUUCAGUGCCUCGCCCUCUGUCACACCCCACCUUCCACUUCGAGCAAACGCCACCACCUCUGUUUUUCUGCAGAUGGGGUUUAAGAGCUGGACUCAAGGUGGGGAGUACGGGAGUGCGGGAGGCUGUGGGGGAGGACUGAGAAAGUCUGCAGUUUCACACAGCAGUCACUUGCACUGGAGAGAGACAGAUAGGCCCAGUCGCUGUUCCAGUAAGGACAGGAAAUCUGUGUCUCUCACUCAGACAAAUUGUGGCUGAAGUUCCACAGAGACGAUAAGAAGUUAGAAAAAUACACGCUUUUCUACCAGCUAGCCUAAAGUCCGCUACGACUAAAGACAGACGUGUCUUCCUCUAAUGGAAUAUUUUUUUGUGUGAAAGAAGCGAGGAAGUGAUGAAUGACUGCGAAAACACUUAGAAGUCUUUUAAGACUUCUUGCCAAACUUGCAAAUGCUGGUUUGCCUGCCUU